AUGGAAGGAGAGAGAGGUGGUGCUCCCAAUUAUGAGCUUCAAGUUUCUUUCACCAACAACCCACAAGCCAUACACGAAUUGGGCUUUGUUCAGUAUGAAGAAAACCAGGUCCUUGGCUUCUUGUCACCCUCUUCUCAAUCUCAAUCUUCUCACCUCUCCCAGUCCUUAAACAGUGAUGUAGUUGUUACUACUACCGCUACAACUGCUGCAACCAUCGGAUUCAUGAAUCAUAGUGAAAUUGUCACCAAAACUUGGAAUAACGACCAGGUAGGAACUCUGGAUCCAAAGGCUGUAGAUGAAGAGAACUGCACUGGAAAUGCCAGUGAAGGCAACAAUAACGCUUGGUGGAGGAGCUCAGCUACAGAGAAAAACAAGGUGAAGAUAAGGAGGAAGCUAAGAGAACCAAGGUUUUGUUUCCAAACAAGAAGCGAUGUAGAUGUGCUUGAUGAUGGUUACAAAUGGAGGAAAUACGGCCAGAAAGUUGUCAAGAAUAGCCUUCAUCCCAGAAGUUAUUAUCGUUGCACCCACAACAACUGUAGGGUGAAGAAGAGGGUUGAACGACUCUCAGAGGAUUGUCGUAUGGUGAUAACCACCUAUGAAGGUAGACACAAUCACUCUCCUUGCGACGACUCAAAUUCGGAGCAUGAAUGCUUUACCUCUUUCUAG